AGCAGCGGCGCCUCCUCCUCACAGCCCCCCAGAGCAGCGGCGCCUCCUCCUCACAGCCCCCAGAGCAGCGGCGCCUCCUCCUCACAGCCCCCAGAGCAGCGGCGCCUCCUCCUCACAGCCCCCUAGAGCAGCGGCGCCUCCUCCUCACAGCCCCCCAGAGCAUGGGCGCCUCCUCCUCACAGCCCCCCAGAGCAUGGGCGCCUCCUCCUCACAGCCCCCCAGAGCAUGGGCGCCUCCUCCUCACAGCCCCCCAGAGCAUGGGCGCCUCCUCCUCACAGCCCCCCAGAGCAUGGGCGCCUCCUCCUCACAGCCCCCCAGAGCAUGGGCGCCUCCUCCUCACAGCCCCCCAGAGCAUGGGCGCCUCCUCCUCACAGCCCCCCAGAGCAUGGGCGCCUCCUCCUCACAGCCCCCCAGAGCAGCGGCGCCUCCUCCUCUUAGUCCCCAGAGCAGCAGCGCCUCCUCCUCACAGCCCCCCAGAGCAGCGGCGCCUCCUCCUUACAGCCCCCAGAGCAGCGGCGCCUCCUCCUCACAGCCCCCCAGAGCAGCGGCGCCUCCUCCUCACAGCCCCCCAGAGCAUGGGCGCCUCCUCCUCACAGCCCCCCAGAGCAGCGGCGCCUCCUCCUCACAGCCCCCCAGAGCAGCGGCGCCUCCUCCUCACAGGCCCCCAGAGCAUGGGCGCCUCCUCCUCACAGCCCCCCAGAGCAUGGGCGCCUCCUUCUCACAGCCCCCCAGAGCAUGGGCGCCUCCUCCUCACAGCCCCCCAGAGCAUGGGCGCCUCCUCCUCACAGCCCCCCCAGAGCAUGGCCGCCUCCUCCUCACAGCCCCCCCAGAGCAGCGGCGCCUCCUCCUCACAGCCCCCCAGAGCAGCGGCGCCUCCUUCUCACAGCCUCCCAGAGCAUGGGCGCCUCCUCCUCACAGUCCCCCAGAGCAUGGGCGCCUCCUCCUCACAGCCCCCCAGAGCAUGGGAGCCUCCUCCUCACAGCCCCCCAGAGCAGCGGCGCCUCCUCCUCACAGCCCCCCAGAGCAGCGGCGCCUCCUCCUCACAGCCCCCCAGAGCAUGGGCGCCUCCUCCCCACAGCCCCCCAGAGCAUGGGCGCCUCCUCCUCACAGCCCCCCAGAGCAGCAGCGCCUCCUCCUCGCAGCCCCCCAGAGCAGCGGCGCCUCCUCCUCACAGCCCCCCAGAGCAGCGGCGCCUCCUCCUCACAGCCCCCCAGAGCAUGGGCGCCUCCUCCUCACAGCCCCCCAGAGCAUGGGCGCCUCCUCCUCACAGCCCCCCAGAGCACCAGCGCCUCCUCCUCACAGCCCCCCAGAGCAUGGGCGCCUCCUCCUCACAGCCCCCCAGAGCAGCGGAGCCUCCUCCUCACAGCCCCCCAGAGCAUGGGCGCCUCCUCCUCACAGCCCCCCAGAGCAUGGGCGCCUCCUCCUCACAGCCCCCCAGAGCAUGGGCGCCUCCUCCUCACAGCCCCCCCAGAGCAUGGCCGCCUCCUCCUCACAGCCCCCAGAGCAGCGGCGCCUCCUCCUCACAGCCCCCCAGAGCAGCGGCGCCUCCUUCUCACAGCCCCCCCAGAGCAUGGGCGCCUCCUCCUCACAGUCCCCCAGAGCAUGGGCGCCUCCUCCUCACAGCCUCCCAGAGCAUGGGCGCCUCCUCCUCACAGCCCCCCAGAGCAUGGGAGCCUCCUCCUCACAGCCCCCCAGAGCAGCGGCGCCUCCUCCUCACAGCCCCCCAGAGCAGCGGCGCCUCCUCCUCACAGCCCCCCAGAGCAUGGGCGCCUCCUCCCCACAGCCCCCCAGAGCAUGGGCGCCUCCUCCUCACAGCCCCCCAGAGCAGCAGCGCCUCCUCCUCGCAGCCCCCCAGAGCAUGGGCGCCUCCUCCUCACAGCCCCCCAGAGCAGCGGCGCCUCCUCCUCACAGCCCCCCAGAGCAGGGCGCCUCCUCCUCACAGCCCCCAAGAGCAUGGGCGCCUCCUCCUCACAGCCUCCCAGAGCACCAGCGCCUCCUCCUCACAGCCCCCAGAGCAUGGGCGCCUCCUCCUCACAGCCCCCCAGAGCAGCGGAGCCUCCUCCUCACAGCCCCCCAGAGCAUGGGCGCCUCCUACUCACAGCCCCCCAGAGCAUGGGCGCCUCCUCCUCACAGCCCCCCAGAGCAUGGGCGCCUCCUCCUCACAGCCCCCCAGAGCAUGGGCGCCUCCUCCUCACAGCCCCCCAGAGCAUGGGCGCCUCCUCCUCACAGCCCCCCAGAGCAGCGGCGCCUCCUCCUCACAGCGCCCCAGAGCAUGGGCGCCUCCUCCUCACAGCCCCCUAGAGCAGCGGCGCCUCCUCCUCACAGCCCCCCAGAGCAUGGGCGCCUCCACCUCACAGCCCCCCAGAGCAUGGGCGCCUCCUCCUCACAGUCCCCCAGAGCAUGGGCGCCUCCUCCUCACAGCCUCCCAGAGCAGCGGCGCCUCCUCCUCAAAGCCCCCCAGAGCAUGGGCGCCUCCUCCUCACAGCCCCCCAGAGCAUGGGCGCCUCCUCCUCACAGCCGCCCAGAGCAUGGGCGCCUCUUCCUCACAGCCGCCCAGAGCAUGGGCGCCUCCUCCUCACAGCCCCCCAGAGCAUGGGCGCCUCCUCCUCACAGCCCCCAAGAGUAUGGGCGCCUCCUCCUCACAGCCCCCCAGAGCAGCGGCACCUCCUCCUCACAGCCCCCCAGAGCAUGGGCGCCUCCUCCUCACAGCCCCCCAGAGCAGCGGCGCCUCCUCCUCACAGGCCCCCAGAGCAGCGGCGCCUCCUCCUCACAGGCCCCCAGAGCAGCGGCGCCUCCUCCUCUUAGUCCCCAGAGCAGCGGCGCCUCCUCCUCACAGCCCCCCAGAGCAGCGGCGCCUCCUCCUUACAGCCCCCAGAGCAGCGGCGCCUCCUCCUCACAGCCCCCCAGAGCAGCGGCGCCUCCUCCUCACAGCCCCCCAGAGCAUGGGCGCCUCCUCCUCACAGCCCCCAGAGCAGCGGCGCCUCCUCCUCACAGCCUCCCAGAGCAGCGGCGCCUCCUCCUCACAGGCCCCCAGAGCAUGGGCGCCUCCUCCUCACAGCCCCCCAGAGCAUGGGCGCCUCCUCCUCACAGCCCCCCAGAGCAUGGGCGCCUCCUCCUCGCAGCCCCCCAGAAGCAUGGGCGCCUCCUCCUCACAGCCCCCCCAGAGCAUGGCCGCCUCCUCCUCACAGCCCCCCAGAGCAGCGGCGCCUCCUCCUCACAGCCCCCCAGAGCAGCGGCGCCUCCUCCUCACAGCCCCCCAGAGCAUGGGCGCCUCCUCCUCACAGCCCCCCAGAGCAUGGGCGCCUCCUCCUCACAGCCCCCCAGAGCAUGGGCGCCUCCUUCUCACAGCCCCCCAGAGCAUGGGCGCCUCCUCCUCACAGCCCCCCAGAGCAUGGGCGCCUCCUCCUCACAGCCCCCCAGAGCAUGGGAGCCUCCUCCUCACAGCCCCCCAGAGCAGCGGCGCCUCCUCCUCACAGCCCCCCAGAGCAGCGGCGCCUCCUCCUUACAGCCCCCAGAGCAGCGGCGCCUCCUCCUCACAGCCCCCCAGAGCAGCGGCGCCUCCUCCUCACAGCCCCCCAGAGCAUGGGCGCCUCCUCCUCACAGCCCCCAGAGCAGCGGCGCCUCCUCCUCACAGCCCCCCAGAGCAGCGGCGCCUCCUCCUCACAGCCCCCCAGAGCAGCGGCGCCUCCUUCUCACAGCCCCCCCAGAGCAUGGGCGCCUCCUCCUCACAGCACCCCAGAGCAUGGGCGCCUCCUCCUCACAGCCCCCCAGAGCAUGGGAGCCUCCUCCUCACAGCCCCCCAGAGCAGCGGCGCCUCCUCCUCACAGCCCCCAGAGCAGCGGCGCCUCCUCCUCACAGCCCCCCAGAGCAUGGGCGCCUCCUCCCCACAGCCCCCCAGAGCAUGGGCGCCUCCUCCUCACAGCCCCCCAGAGCAGCAGCGCCUCCUCCUCGCAGCCCCCCAGAGCAGCGGCGCCUCCUCCUCACAGCCCCCCAGAGCAGCGGCGCCUCCUCCUCACAGCCCCCCAGAGCAUGGGCGCCUCCUCCUCACAGCCCCCCAGAGCAUGGGCGCCUCCUCCUCACAGCCCCCCAGAGCACCAGCGCCUCCUCCUCACAGCCCCCCAGAGCAUGGGCGCCUCCUCCUCACAGCCCCCCAGAGCAGCGGAGCCUCCUCCUCACAGCCCCCCAGAGCAUGGGCGCCUCCUCCUCACAGCCCCCCAGAGCAUGGGCGCCUCCUCCUCACAGCCCCCCAGAGCAUGGGCGCCUCCUCCUCACAGCCCCCCAGAGCAUGGGCGCCUCCUCCUCACAGCCCCCCAGAGCAGCGGCGCCUCCUCCUCACAGCCCCCCAGAGCAGCGGCGCCUCCUUCUCACAGCCCCCCCAGAGCAUGGGCGCCUCCUCCUCACAGUCCCCCAGAGCAUGGGCGCCUCCUCCUCACAGCCUCCCAGAGCAUGGGCGCCUCCUCCUCACAGCCCCCCAGAGCAUGGGAGCCUCCUCCUCACAGCCCCCCAGAGCAGCGGCGCCUCCUCCUCACAGCCCCCCAGAGCAGCGGCGCCUCCUCCUCACAGCCCCCCAGAGCAUGGGCGCCUCCUCCCCACAGCCCCCCAGAGCAUGGGCGCCUCCUCCUCACAGCCCCCCAGAGCAGCAGCGCCUCCUCCUCGCAGCCCCCCAGAGCAUGGGCGCCUCCUCCUCACAGCCCCCCAGAGCAGCGGCGCCUCCUCCUCACAGCCCCCCAGAGCAUGGGCGCCUCCUCCUCACAGCCCCCCAGAGCAUGGGCGCCUCCUCCUCACAGCCUCCCAGAGCACCAGCGCCUCCUCCUCACAGCCCCCCAGAGCAUGGGCGCCUCCUCCUCACAGCCCCCCAGAGCAGCGGAGCCUCCUCCUCACAGCCCCCCAGAGCAUGGGCGCCUCCUACUCACAGCCCCCCAGAGCAUGGGCGCCUCCUCCUCACAGCCCCCCAGAGCAUGGGCGCCUCCUCCUCACAGCCUCCCAGAGCAUGGGCGCCUCCUCCUCACAGCCCCCCAGAGCAUGGGCGCCUCCUCCUCACAGCCCCCCAGAGCAUGGGCGCCUCCUCCUCACAGCCCCCCAGAGCAGCGGCGCCUCCUCCUCACAGCGCCCCAGAGCAUGGGCGCCUCCUCCUCACAGCCCCCUAAGAGCAGCGGCGCCUCCUCCUCACAGCCCCCCAGAGCAUGGGCGCCUCCACCUCACAGCCCCCCAGAGCAUGGGCGCCUCCUCCUCACAGCCCCCCAGAGCAUGGGCGCCUCCUCCUCACAGCCCCCCAGAGCAUGGGCGCCUCCUCCUCACAGCCGCCCAGAGCAUGGGCGCCUCUUCCUCACAGCCCCCCAGAGCAUGGGCGCCUCCUCCUCACAGCCCCCAAGAGUAUGGGCGCCUCCUCCUCACAGCCCCCAAGAGCAUGGGCGCCUCCUCCUCACAGCCCCCCAGAGCAGCGGCACCUCCUCCUCACAGCCCCCCAGAGCAUGGGCGCCUCCUCCUCACAGCCCCCCAGAGCAGCGGCGCCUCCUCCUCACAGGCCCCCAGAGCAGCGGCGCCUCCUCCUCACAGGCCCCCAGAGCAGCGGCGCCUCCUCCUCUUAAGUCCCCCAGAGCAGCGGCGCCUCCUCCUCACAGCCCCCCAGAGCAGCGGCGCCUCCUCCUUACAGCCCCCCAGAGCAGCGGCGCCUCCUCCUCACAGCCCCCCAGAGCAGCGGCGCCUCCUCCUCACAGCCCCCCAGAGCAUGGGCGCCUCCUCCUCACAGCCCCCAGAGCAGCGGCGCCUCCUCCUCACAGCCUCCCAGAGCAGCGGCGCCUCCUCCUCACAGGCCCCCCAGAGCAUGGGCGCCUCCUCCUCACAGCCCCCCAGAGCAUGGGCGCCUCCUCCUCACAGCCCCCCAGAGCAUGGGCGCCUCCUCCUCACAGCCCCCCAGAGCAUGGGCGCCUCCUCCUCACAGCCCCCCCAGAGCAUGGCCGCCUCCUCCUCACAGCCCCCCAGAGCAGCGGCGCCUCCUCCUCACAGCCCCCAGAGCAGCGGCGCCUCCUUCUCACAGCCCCCCCAGAGCAUGGGCGCCUCCUCCUCACAGUCCCCCAGAGCAUGGGCGCCUCCUCCUCACAGCCUCCCAGAGCAUGGGCGCCUCCUCCUCACAGCCCCCCAGAGCAGCGGCGCCUCCUCCUCACAGCCCCCCAGAGCAGCGGCGCCUCCUCCUCACAGCCCCCCAGAGCAUGGGCGCCUCCUCCCCACAGCCCCCCAGAGCAUGGGCGCCUCCUCCUCACAGCCCCCCAGAGCAGCAGCGCCUCCUCCUCGCAGCCCCCCAGAGCAUGGGCGCCUCCUCCUCACAGCCCCCCAGAGCAGCGGCGCCUCCUCCUCACAGCCCCCCAGAGCAUGGGCGCCUCCUCCUCACAGCCCCCCAGAGCAUGGGCGCCUCCUCCUCACAGCCCCCCAGAGCACCAGCGCCUCCUCCUCACAGCCCCCCAGAGCAUGGGCGCCUCCUCCUCACAGCCCCCAGAGCAGCGGAGCCUCCUCCUCACAGCCCCCCACAGCAUGGGCGCCUCCUCCUCACAGCCCCCCAGAGCACCAGCGCCUCCUCCUCACAGCCCCCCAGAGCAUGGGCGCCUCCUCCUCACAGCCCCCCAGAGCAGCGGCGCCUCCUCCUUACAGCCCCCUAGAGCAUGGGCGCCUCCUCCUCACAGCCCCCCAGAGCAGCGGCGCCUCCUCCUCACAGCCCCCCAGAGCAUGGGCGCCUCCUCCUCACAGCCCCCCAGAGCAUGGGCGCCUCCUCCUCACAGCCCUCCAGAGCAUCGGCGCCUCCUCCUCACAGCCCCCCAGAGCAUGGGCGCCUCCUCCUCACAGCCCCCCAGAGCAGCGGAGCCUCCUCCUCACAGCCCCCCAGAGCAUGGGCGCCUCCUCCUCACAGCCCCCUAGAGCAUGGGCGUCUCCUCCUCACAGCCCCCAAGAGCAUGGGCGCCUCCUCCUCACAGCCCCCCAGAGCAUGGGCGCCUCCUCCUCACAGCCCCCCAGAGCAACGGAGCCUCCUCCUCACAGCCCCCAAGAGCAUGGGCGCCUCCUCCUCACAGCCCCCCAGAGCAGCGGCGCCUCCUCCUCACAGGCCCCCAGAGCAGCGGCGCCUCCUCCUCACAGGCCCCCAGAGCAGCGGCGCCUCCUCCUCUUAGUCCCCAGAGCAGCGGCGCCUCCUCCUCACAGCCCCCCAGAGCAGCGGCGCCUCCUCCUUACAGCCCCCAGAGCAGCGGCGCCUCCUCCUCACAGCCCCCCAGAGCAGCGGCGCCUCCUCCUCACAGCCCCCCAGAGCAUGGGCGCCUCCUCCUCACAGCCCCCAGAGCAGCGGCGCCUCCUCCUCACAGCCCCCCAGAGCAGCGGCGCCUCCUCCUCACAGGCCCCCAGAGCAUGGGCGCCUCCUCCUCACAGCCCCCCAGAGCAUGGGCGCCUCCUCCUCACAGCCCCCCAGAGCAUGGGCGCCUCCUCCUCACAGCCCCCCAGAGCAUGGGCGCCUCCUCCUCACAGCCCCCCCAGAGCAUGGCCGCCUCCUCCUCACAGCCCCCUAGAGCAGGGGCGCCUCCUCCUCACAGCCCCCCAGAGCAGCGGCGCCUCCUUCUCACAGCCCCCCCAGAGCAUGAGCGCCUCCUCCUCACAGUCCCCCAGAGCAUGGGCGCCUCCUCCUCACAGCCUCCCAGAGCAUGGGCGCCUCCUCCUCACAGCCCCCCAGAGCAUGGGAGCCUCCUCCUCACAGCCCCCCAGAGCAGUGGCGCCUCCUCCUCACAGCCCCCCAGAGCAGCGGCGCCUCCUCCUCACAGCCCCCCAGAGCAUGGGCGCCUCCUCCCCACAGCCCCCCAGAGCAUGGGCGCCUCCUCCUCACAGCCCCCCAGAGCACCAGCGCCUCCUCCUCACAGCCCCCCAGAGCAUGGGCGCCUCCUCCUCACAGCCCCCCAGAGCAGCGGCGCCUCCUCCUUACAGCCCCCUAGAGCAUGGGCGCCUCCUCCUCACAGCCCCCCAGAGCAGCGGCGCCUCCUCCUCACAGCCCCCCAGAGCAUGGGCGCCUCCUCCUCACAGCCCCCCAGAGCAUGGGCGCCUCCUCCUCACAGCCCUCCAGAGCAUCGGCGCCUCCUCCUCACAGCCCCCCAGAGCAUGGGCGCCUCCUCCUCACAGCCCCCCAGAGCAGCGGAGCCUCCUCCUCACAGCCCCCCAGAGCAUGGGCGCCUCCUCCUCACAGCCCCCCAGAGCAUGGGCGCCUCCUCCUCACAGCCCCCCAGAGCAUGGGCGCCUCCUCCUCACAGCCCCCAAGAGCAUGGGCGCCUCCUCCUCACAGCCCCCCAGAGCAUCGGCGCCUCCUCCUCACAGCCCCCCAGAGCAGCGGCGCCUCCUCCUCACAGCCCCCCAGAGCAUGGGCGCUGCGGAGAUAACGGCAGCAACGGGAGCUAGGCUACGGGCUAGGCACCCCCCCAGAGCAGCGGCGCCUCUCCCUCACAGCCCCCCAGAGCAGCGGCGCCUCCUCCUCACAGCCCCCCAGAGCAUGGGCGCCUCCUCCUCACAGCCCCCCAGAGCAUCGGCGCCUCCUCCUCACAGCCCCCCAGAGCAGCGGCGCCUCCUCCUCACAGCCCCCCAGAGCAGCGGCGCCUCCUCCUCACAGCCCCCCAGAGCAGCGGCGCCUCCUUCUCACAGCCCCCCAGAGCAGCGGCGCCUCCUCCUCACAGCCCCCCAGAGCAGCGGCGCCACCUCCUCACAGCCCCCCAUAGCAUGGGCGCCUCCUCCGCACAGCCCCCCAGAGCAGCGGCGCCUCCUCCUCACAGCCCCCCCAGAGCAUGGCCGCCUCCUCCUCACAGCCCCCCAGAGCAGCGGCGCCUCCUCCUCACAGCCCCCCCAGAGCAUGGGCGCCUCCUCCUCACAGCCCCCCAGAGCAUGGGCGCCUCCUCCUCAUAGCCCCCAGAGCAGCGGCGCCUCCUCCUCACAGCCCCCCAGAGCAGCUGCGCCUCCUCCUCACAGGCCCCCAGAGCAUGGGCGCCUCCUCCUCACAGCCCCCCAGAGCAUGGGCGCCUCCUCCUCACAGCCCCCCAGAGCAUGGGCGCCUCCUCCUCACAGCCCCCCAGAGCAUGGGCGCCUCCUCCUCACAGCCCCCCAGAGCAGCGGCGCCUCCUCCUCACAGCCCCCCAGAGCAUGGGCGCCACCUCUUCACAGCCCCCCAGAGCAUGGGCGCCUCCUCCUCACUGCCCCCCAGAGCAUGGGCGCCUCCUCCUCACAGCCCCCCAGAGCAUGGGCGCCUCCUCCUCACAGCCCCCCAGAGCAGCGGCGCCUCCUCCUCACAGCCCCCCAGAGCAUGGGCGCCUCCUCCUCACUGCCCCCAGAGCAGCGGCGCCUCCUCCUCACAGCCCCCCAGAGCAAGCAGCGGCGCCUCCUCCUCACAGCCCCCCAGAGCAGCGGUGCCUCCUCCUCACAGCCCCCCAGAGCAGCGGCGCCUCCUCCUCACAGCCCCCCAGAGCAGCGGCGCCUCCUCCUCACAGCCCCCCAGAGCAGCGGCGCCUCCUCCUCACAGCUCCCCAAAGCAUGGGCGCCUCCUCCUCACAGCCCCCCAGAGCAUGGGCGCCUCCUCCUCACAGCCCCCCAGAGCAUGGGCGCCUCCUCCUCACAGCCCCCCAGAGCAGCGGCGCCUCCUCCUCACAGCCCCCCAGAGCAUGGGCGCCUCCUCCUAACAGCCCCCCAGAGCAGCGGCGCCUCCUCCUCACAGCCCCCCAGAGCAACGGCGCCUCCUCCUCACAGCCCCCCAGAGCAGCGGCGCCUCCUCCUCACAGCCCCCCAGAGCAGCGGCGCCUCCUCCUCACAGCCCCCCAGAGCAUGGGCGCCUCCUCCUCACAGCCCCCCAGAGCAUGGGUGCCUCCUCCUCACAGCCCCCCAGAGCAGCGGCGCCUCCUCCUCACAGCCCCCCAGAGCAUGGGCGCCUCCUCCUCACAGCCCCCCAGAGCAUGGGCGCCUCCUCCUCACAGCCCCCCAGAGCAGCGGCGCCUCCUCCUCACAACCCCCCAGAGCAUGGGCGCCUCCUCCUCACAGCCCCCCAGAGCAGCGGCGCCUCCUCCUCACAGCCCCCCAGAGCAACGGCGCCUCCUCCUCACAGCCCCCCAGAGCAGCGGCGCCUCCUCCUCACAGCCCCCCCAGAGCAUGGGCGCCUCCUCCUCACAGCCCCCAAGAGCAGCGGCGCCUCCUCCUCACAGCCUCCCAGAGCAUGGGCGCCUCCUCCUCACAGCCCCCCAGAGCAUGGGCGCCUCCUCCUCACAGCCCCCCAGAGCAUGGGCGCCUCCUCCUCACAGCCCCCCAGAGCAUGGGCGCCUCCUCCUCACAGCCCCCCAGAGCAGCGGCGCCUCCUCCUCACAGCCCCCCAGAGCAUGGGCGCCUCCUCCUCACAGCCCCCCAGAGCAUGGGCGCCUCCUCCUCACAGCCCUCCAGAGCAGCGGCGCCUCCUCCUCACAGCCCCCCAGAGCAGCGGCGCCUCCUCCUCACAGCCCCCCAGAGCAGCGGCGCCUCCUCCUCACAGGCCCCCCAGAGCAGCGGCGCCUCCUCCUCACAGCCCCCCAGAGCAGCGGCGCCUCCUCCUCACAGCCCCCCAGAGCAGCGGUGCCUCCUCCUCACAGCCCCCCAGAGCAGCGGCGCCUCCUCCUCACAGCCCCCCAGAGCAGCAGCGCCUCCCCCUCACAGGCCCCCAGAGCAGCGGCGCCUCCUCCUCACAGUCCCCCAGAGCAUGGGCGCCUCCUCCUCACAGCCCCCCAGAGCAGCGGCGCCUCCUCCUCACAGCCCCCCAGAGCAUGGGCGCCUCCUCCUCACAGCCCCCCAGAGCAUGGGCGCCUCCUCCUCACAGCCCCCCAGAGCAUGGGCGCCUCCUCCUCACAGCCCCCCAGAGCAGCUGCGCCUCCUCCUCACAGCCCCCCAGGGCAGCGGCGCCUCCUCCUCACAGCCCCCCCAGAGCAGCGGCGCCUCUCCCUCACAGCUCCCCAGAGCAUGGGCGCCUCCUCCUCACAGCCCCCCAGAGCAGCGGCGCCUCCUCCUCACAGCCCCCCAGAGCAGCGGCGCCUCCUCCUCACAGCCCCCCAGAGCAGCGGCGCCUCCUCCUCACAGCCCCGCAGAGCAUGGGCGCCUCCUCCUCACAGCCCCCCAGAGCAGCGGUGCCUCCUCCUCACAGCCCCCAGAGCAGCGGCGCCUCCUCCUCACAGCACCCCAGAGCAUGGGCGCCUCCUCCUCACAGCCCCCCAGAGCAUGGGCGCCUCCUCCUCACAGCCCCCAGAGCAGCGGCGCCUCCUCCUCACAGCCCCCCAGAGCAGCGGCGCGUCCUCCUCACAGGCCCCCAGAGCAUGGGCGCCUCCUCCUCACAGCCCCCCAGAGCAUGGGCGCCUCCUCCUCACAGCCCCCCAGAGCAGCGGCGCCUCCUCCUCACAGCCCCCCAGAGCAUGGGCGCCUCCUCCUCACAGCCCCCCAGAGCAGCGGCGCCUCCUCCUCACAGGCCCCCAGAGCAGCGGGGCCUCCUCCUCACAGGCCCCCAGAGCAGCGGCGCCUCCUCCUCACAGUCCCCAGAGCAGCGGCGCCUCCUCCUCACAGCCCCCCAGAGCAGCGGUGCCUCCUCCUCACAGCCCCCAGAGCAGCGGCGCCUCCUCCUCACAGCACCCCAGAGCAUGGGCGCCUCCUCCUCACAGCCCCCCAGAGCAUGGGCGCCUCCUCCUCACAGCCCCAAGAGCAGCGGCGCCUCCUCCUCACAGCCCCCCAGGGCAGCGGCGCCUCACAGCCCCCAGGGCAGCGGCGCCUCUCCUCACAGCCCCCCAGAGCAGCGGAGCCUCCUCCUACAGCCCACCAGAGCAUGGGCGCCUCCUCCUCACAGCCCCCCAGAGCAUGGGCGCCUCCUCCUCACAGCCCCCCAGAGCAUGGGUGCCUCCUCCUCACAGCCCCCCAGGAGCAGCGGCGCCUCCUCCUCACAGCCCCCCAGAGCAUGGGCGCCUCCUCCUCACAGCCCCCCAGAGCAUGGGCGCCUCCUCCUCACAGCCCCCCAGAGCAGCGGCGCCUCCUCCUCACAACCCCCCAGAGCAUGGGCGCCUCCUCCUCACAGCCCCCCAGAGCAGCGGCGCCUCCUCCUCACAGCCCCCCAGAGCAACGGCGCCUCCUCCUCACAGCCCCCCAGAGCAGCGGCGCCUCCUCCUCACAGCCCCCCCAGAGCAUGGGCGCCUCCUCCUCACAGCCCCCAAGAGCAGCGGCGCCUCCUCCUCACAGCCCCCCCAGAGCAUGGGCGCCUCCUCCUCACAGCCCCCCAGAGCAUGGGCGCCUCCUCCUCACAGCCCCCCAGAGCAUGGGCGCCUCCUCCUCACAGCCCCCCAGAGCAGCGGCGCCUCCUCCUCACAGCCCCCCAGAGCAUGGGCGCCUCCUCCUCACAGCCCCCCAGAGCAUGGGCGCCUCCUCCUCACAGCCCUCCAGAGCAGCGGCGCCUCCUCCUCACAGCCCCCCAGAGCAGCGGCGCCUCCUCCUCACAGCCCCCCAGAGCAGCGGCGCCUCCUCCUCACAGGCCCCCCCAGAGCAGCGGCGCCUCCUCCUCACAGCCCCCAGAGCAGCGGCGCCUCCUCCUCACAGCCCCCCAGAGCAGCGGUGCCUCCUCCUCACAGCCCCCCAGAGCAGCGGCGCCUCCUCCUCACAGCCCCCCAGAGCAUGGGCGCCUCCUCCUCACAGCUCCCCAGAGCAGCAGCGCCUCCCCCUCACAGCCCCCCAGAGCAGCGGCGCCUCCUCCUCACAGUCCCCCCGAGCAUGGGCGCCUCCUCCUCACAGCCCCCCAGAGCAGCGGCGCCUCCUCCUCACAGCCCCCCAGAGCAUGGGCGCCUCCUCCUCACAGCCCCCCCAGAGCAUGGGCGCCUCCUCCUCACAGCCCCCCCAGAGCAUGGGCGCCUCCUCCUCACAGCCCCCCAGAGCAGCUGCGCCUCCUCCUCACAGCCCCCCAGGGCAGCGGCGCCUCCUCCUCACAGCCCCCCCAGAGCAGCGGCCGCCUCUCCCUCACAGCUCCCCAGAGCAUGGGCGCCUCCUCCUCACAGCCCCCCAGAGCAGCGGCGCCUCCUCCUCACAGCCCCCCAGAGCAGCGGCGCCUCCUCCUCACAGCCCCCCAGAGCAGCGGCGCCUCCUCCUCACAGCCCCGCAGAGCAUGGGCGCCUCCUCCUCACAGCCCCCCAGAGCAGCGGUGCCUCCUCCUCACAGCCCCCCAGAGCAUGGGCGCCUCCUCCUCACUGCCCCCAGAGCAGCGGCGCCUCCUCCUCACAGCCCCCAGAGCAGCGGCGCAUCCUCCUCACAGCACCCCAGAGCAGCGGCGCCUCCUCCUCACAGCCCCCCAGAGCAGCGGCGCCUCCUCCUCACAACCCCCCAGAGCAUGGGCGCCUCCUCCUCACAGCCCCCCAGAGCAUGGGCGCCUCCUCCUCACAGCCCCCCAGAGCAUGGGCGCCUCCUCCUCACAGCCCCCCAGAGCAGCGGAGCCUCCUCCUACAGCCCACCAGAGCAUGGGCGCCUCCUCCUCACAGCCCCCAGAGCAGCGGCGCCUCCUCCUCACAGGCCCCCAGAGCAGCGGCGCCUCCUCCUCACAGGCCCCCAGAGCAGCGGCGCCUCCUCCUCACAGUCCCCAGAGCAGCGGCGCCUCCUCCUCACAGCCCCCCAGAGCAUGGGCGCCUCCACCUCACAGCCCCCCAGAGCAUGGGCGCCUCCUCCUCACAGCCCCCCAGAGCAUGGGCGCCUCCUCCUCACAGCCCCCCAGAGCAGCAGCGCCUCCUCCUCACAGCCCCCCAGAGCAUGGGCGCCUCCUCCUCAGAGCCCCCCAGAGCAUGGCCAUCUCCUCCUCACAGCCCCCCAGAGCAAUGGCGCCUCCUCCUCACAGCCCCCAGAGCAUGGGCGCCUCCUCCUCACAGCCGCCCAGAGCAUGGGCGUCUCCUCCUCACAGCCCCCCAGAGCAUGGGCGCCUCCUCCUCACAGCCCCCCAGAGCAGCGGCGCCUCCUCCUCACAGCCCCCCAGAGCAUGGGCGCCUCCUCCUCACAGCCCCCCAGAGCAGCGGCGCCUCCUCCUCACAGGCCCCCAGAGCAGCGGGGCCUCCUCCUCACAGGCCCCCAGAGCAGCGGCGCCUCCUCCUCACAGUCCCCAGAGCAGCGGCGCCUCCUCCUCACAGCCCCCCAGAGCAGCGGUGCCUCCUCCUCACAGCCCCCAGAGCAGCGGCGCCUCCUCCUCACAGCACCCCAGAGCAUGGGCGCCUCCUCCUCACAGCCCCCCAGAGCAUGGGCGCCUCCUCCUCACAGCCCCCAGAGCAGCGGCGCCUCCUCCUCACAGCCCCCAGAGCAGCGGCGCGUCCUCCUCACAGGCCCCCAGAGCAUGGGCGCCUCCUCCUCACAGCCCCCCAGAGCAUGGGCGCCUCCUCCUCACAGCCCCCCAGAGCAGCGGCGCCUCCUCCUCACAGGCCCCCAGAGCAUGGGCGCCUCCUCCUCACAGCCCCCCAGAGCAUGGGCGCCUCCUCCUCACAGCCCCCCAGAGCAUGGGCGCCUCCUCCUCACAGCCCCCCAGAGCAUGGGCGCCUCCUCCUCACAGCCCCCCAGAGCAGCGGCGCCUCCUCCUCACAGCCCCCCAGAGCAUGGGCGCCUCCUCCUCACAGCCCCCCAGAGCAUGGGCGCCUCCUCCUCACAGCCCCCCAGAGCAUGGGCGCCUCCUCCUCACAGCCCCCCAGAGCAGCGGCGCCUCCUCCUCACAGCCCCCCAGAGCAUGGGCGCCUCCCCCUCACAGCCCCCCAGAGCAGCGGCGCCUCCUCCUCACAGCCCCCCAGAGCAACGGCGCCUCCUCCUCACAUCCCCCCAGAGCAGCGGCGCCUCCUCCUCACAGCCCCCCCAGAGCAUGGGCGCCUCCUCCUCACAGCCCCCAAGAGCAGCGGCGCCUCCUCCUCACAGCCCCCCCAGAGCAUGGGCGCCUCCUCCUCACAGCCCCCCAGAGGAUGGGCGCCUCCUCCUCACAGCCCCCCAGAGCAUGGGCGCCUCCUCCUCACAGCCCCCCAGAGCAUGGGCGCCUCCUCCUCACAGCCCCCCAGAGCAGCGGCGCCUCCUCCUCACAGCCCCACAGAGCAUGGGCGCCUCCUCCUCACAGCCCCUCAGAGCAGCGGCGCCUCCUCCUCACAGCCCCCCAGAGCAUGGGCGCCUCCUCCUCACAGCCCCCCAGAGCAUGGGCGCCUCCUCCUCACAGCCCCCCAGAGCAUGGGCGCCUCCUCCUCACAGCCCCCCAGAGCAGCGGCGCCUCCUCCUCACAGCCCCCCAGAGCAGCGGCGCCUCCUCCUCACAGCCCCCCCAGAGCAGCGGCGCCUCUCCCUCACAGCUCCCCAGAGCAUGGGCGCCUCCUCCUCACAGCCCCCCAGAGCAGCGGCGCCUCCUCCUCACAGCCCCCCCAGAGCAGCGGCGCCUCCUCCUCACAGGCCCCCCCAGAGCAGCGGCGCCUCCUCCUCACAGCCCCCCAGAGCAGCGGCGCCUCCUCCUCACAGCCCCCCAGAGCAGCGGUGCCUCCUCCUCACAGCCCCCCAGAGCAGCGGCGCCUCCUCCUCACAGCCCCCCAGAGCAUGGGCGCCUCCUCCUCACAGCCCCCCAGAGCAGCGGCGCCUCCCCCUCACAGCCCCCCAGAGCAGCGGCGCCUCCUCCUCACAGUCCCCCAGAGCAUGGGCGCCUCCUCCUCACAGCCCCCCAGAGCAGCGGCGCCUCCUCCUCACAGCCCCCCAGAGCAUGGGCGCCUCCUCCUCACAGCCCCCCAGAGCAUGGGCGCCUCCUCCUCACAGCCCCCCAGAGCAUGGGCGCCUCCUCCUCACAGCCCCCCAGAGCAGCUGCGCCUCCUCCUCACAGCCCCCCAGGGCAGCGGCGCCUCCUCCUCACAGCCCCCCCAGAGCAGCGGCGCCUCUCCCUCACAGCUCCCCAGUGCAUGGGCGCCUCCUCCUCACAGCCCCCCAGAGCAGCGGCGCCUCCUCCUCACAGCCCCCCCAGAGCAGCGGCGCCUCCUCCUCACAGCCCCCCAGAGCAGCGGCGCCUCCUCCUCACAGCCCCGCAGAGCAUGGGCGCCUCCUCCUCACAGCCCCCCAGAGCAGCGGUGCCUCCUCCUCACAGCCCCCCAGAGCAUGGGUGCCUCCUCCUCACUGCCCCCAGAGCAGCGGCGCCUCCUCCUCACAGCCCCCCAGAGCAGCGGCGCAUCCUCCUCACAGCACCCCAGAGCAGCGGCGCCUCCUCCUCACAGCCCCCCAGAGCAGCGGCGCCUCCUCCUCACAACCCCCCAGAGCAUGGGCGCCUCCUCCUCACAGCCCCCCAGAGCAUGGGCGCCUCCUCCUCACAGCCCCCCAGAGCAUGGGCGCCUCCUCCUCACAGCCCCCCAGAGCAGCGGAGCCUCCUCCUACAGCCCACCAGAGCAUGGGCGCCUCCUCCUCACAGCCCCCCAGAGCAGCGGCGCCUCCUCCUCACAGGCCCCCAGAGCAGCGGCGCCUCCUCCUCACAGGCCCUCAGAGCAGCGGCGCCUCCUCCUCACAGUCCCCAGAGCAGCGGCGCCUCCUCCUCACAGCCCCCCAGAGCAUGGGCGCCUCCACCUCACAGCCCCCCAGAGCAUGGGCGCCUCCUCCUCACAGCCCCCCAGAGCAAGGGCGCCUCCUCCUCACAGCCCCCCAGAGCAGCAGCGCCUCCUCCUCACAGCCCCCCAGAGCAGCGGCGCGUCCUCCUCACAGGCCCCCAGAGCUUGGGCGCCUCCUCCUCACAGCCCCCCAGAGCAUGGGCGCCUCCUCCUCACAGCCUCCCAGAGCAGCGGCGCCUCCUCCUCACAGCCCCCCAGAGCAUGGGCGCCUCCUCCUCACAGCCCCCCAGAGCAGCGGCGCCUCCUCCUCACAGGCCCCCAGAGCAGCGGGGCCUCCUCCUCACAGGCCCCCAGAGCAGCGGCGCCUCCUCCUCACAGUCCCCAGAGCAGCGGCGCCUCCUCCUCACAGCCCCCCAGAGCAGCGGUGCCUCCUCCUCACAGCCCCCAGAGCAGCGGCGCCUCCUCCUCACAGCACCCCAGAGCAUGGGCGCCUCCUCCUCACAGCCCCCCAGAGCAUGGGCGCCUCCUCCUCACAGCCCCAAGAGCAGCGGCGCCUCCUCCUCACAGCCCCCCAGAGCAGCGGCGCCUCCUCCUCACAGGCCCCCAGAGCAUGGGCGCCUCCUCCUCACAGCCCCCCAGAGCAUGGGCGCCUCCUCCUCACAGCCCCCCAGAGCAUGGGCGCCUCCUCCUCACAGCCCCCCAGAGCAGCGGCGCCUCCUCCUCACAGCCCCCCAGAGCAGCGGCGCCUCCUCCUCACAGCCCCCCAGAGCAUGGGCGCCUCCUCCUCACAGCCCCCCAGAGCAUGGGCGCCUCCUCCUCACUGCCCCCCAGAGCAUGGGCGCCUCCUCCUCACAGCCCCCCAGAGCAUGGGCGCCUCCUCCUCACAGCCCCCCAGAGCAGCGGCGCCUCCUCCUCACAGCCCCCCAGAGCAGCGGCGCCUCCUCCUCACUGCCCCCAGAGCAGCGGCGCCUCCUCCUCACAGCCCCCCAGAGCAGUGGCGCCUCCUCCUCACAGCCCCCCAGAGCAGUGGCGCCUCCUCCUCACAGCCCCCCAGAGCAUGGGCGCCUCCUCCUCACAGCCCCCCAGAGCAGCGGCGCCUCCUCCUCACAGCCCCCCAGAGCAGCGGUGCCUCCUCCUCACAGCCCCCCAGAGCAGCGGCGCCUCCUCCUUACAGCCCCCCAGAGCAGCGGCGCCUCCUCCUCACAGCCCCCCAGAGCAGCGGCGCCUCCUCCUCACAGCUCCCCAAAGCAUGGGCGCCUCCUCCUCACAGCCCCCCAGAGCAUGGGCGCCUCCUCCUCACAGCCCCCCAGAGCAUGGGCGCCUCCUCCUCACAGCCCCCCAGAGCAGCGGCGCCUCCUCCUCACAGCCCCCCAGAGCAUGGGCGCCUCCUCCUCACAGCCCCCCAGAGCAGCGGCGCCUCCUCCUCACAGCCCCCCAGAGCAACGGCGCCUCCUCCUCACAGCCCCCCAGAGCAGCGGCGCCUCCUCCUCACAGCCCCCCAGAGCAGCGGCGCCUCCUCCUCACAGCCCCCCAGAGCAUGGGCGCCUCCUCCUCACAGCCCCCCAGAGCAUGGGUGCCUCCUCCUCACAGCCCCCCAGAGCAGCGGCGCCUCCUCCUCACAGCCCCCCAGAGCAUGGGCGCCUCCUCCUCACAGCCCCCCAGAGCAUGGGCGCCUCCUCCUCACAGCCCCCCAGAGCAGCGGCGCCUCCUCCUCACAGCCCCCCAGAGCAUGGGCGCCUCCCCCUCACAGCCCCCCAGAGCAGUGGCGCCUCCUCCUCACAGCCCCCCAGAGCAACGGCGCCUCCUCCUCACAUCCCCCCAGAGCAGCGGCGCCUCCUCCUCACAGCCCCCCCAGAGCAUGGGCGCCUCCUCCUCACAGCCCCCCAGAGCAUGGGCGCCUCCUCCUCACAGCCCCCCAGAGCAUGGGCGCCUCCUCCUCACAGCCCCCCAGAGCAUGGGCGCCUCCUCCUCACAGCCCCCCAGAGCAGCGGCGCCUCCCCCUCACAGCCCCCCAGAGCAGCGGCGCCUCCUCCUCACAGCCCCACAGAGCAUGGGCGCCUCCUCCUCACAGCCCCUCAGAGCAGCGGCGCCUCCUCCUCACAGCCCCCCAGAGCAUGGGCGCCUCCUCCUCACAGCCCCCCAGAGCAUGGGCGCCUCCUCCUCACAGCCCCCCAGAGCAUGGGCGCCUCCUCCUCACAGCCCCCCAGAGCAGCGGCGCCUCCUCCUCACAGCCCCCCAGAGCAGCGGCGCCUCCUCCUCACAGCCCCCCCAGAGCAGCGGCGCCUCUCCCUCACAGCUCCCCAGAGCAUGGGCGCCUCCUCCUCACAGCCCUCCAGAGCAGCGGCGCCUCCUCCUCACAGCCCCCCAGAGCAGCGGCGCCUCCUCCUCACAGGCCCCCCCAGAGCAGCGGCGCCUCCUCCUCACAGCCCCCCAGAGCAGCGGCGCCUCCUCCUCACAGCCCCCCAGAGCAGCGAGCAGCGGCGCCUCCCCCCUCACAGCCCCCCAGAGCAGCGGCGCCUCCUCCUCACAGUCCCCCAGAGCAUGGGCGCCUCCUCCUCACAGCCCCCCAGAGCAGCGGCGCCUCCUCCUCACAGCCCCCCAGAGCAUGGGCGCCUCCUCCUCACAGCCCCCCAGAGCAUGGGCGCCUCCUCCUCACAGCCCCCCAGAGCAUGGGCGCCUCCUCCUCACAGCCCCCCAGAGCAGCUGCGCCUCCUCCUCACAGCCCCCCAGGGCAGCGGCGCCUCCUCCUCACAGCCCCCCCAGAGCAGCGGCGCCUCUCCCUCACAGCUCCCCAGUGCAUGGGCGCCUCCUCCUCACAGCCCCCAGAGCAGCGGCGCCUCCUCCUCACAGCCCCCCAGAGCAGCGGCGCCUCCUCCUCACAGCCCCCCAGAGCAGCGGCGCCUCCUCCUCACAGCCCCGCAGAGCAUGGGCGCCUCCUCCUCACAGCCCCCCAGAGCAGCGGUGCCUCCUCCUCACAGCCCCCCAGAGCAUGGGUGCCUCCUCCUCACUGCCCCCAGAGCAGCGGCGCCUCCUCCUCACAGCCCCCCAGAGCAGCGGCGCAUCCUCCUCACAGCACCCCAGAGCAGCGGCGCCUCCUCCUCACAGCCCCCCAGAGCAGCGGCGCCUCCUCCUCACAACCCCCCAGAGCAUGGGCGCCUCCUCCUCACAGCCCCCCAGAGCAUGGGCGCCUCCUCCUCACAGCCCCCCAGAGCAUGGGCGCCUCCUCCUCACAGCCCCCCAGAGCAGCGGAGCCUCCUCCUACAGCCCACCAGAGCAUGGGCGCCUCCUCCUCACAGCCCCCCAGAGCAGCGGCGCCUCCUCCUCACAGGCCCCCAGAGCAGCGGCGCCUCCUCCUCACAGGCCCUCAGAGCAGCGGCGCCUCCUCCUCACAGUCCCCAGAGCAGCGGCGCCUCCUCCUCACAGCCCCCCAGAGCAUGGGCGCCUCCACCUCACAGCCCCCCAGAGCAUGGGCGCCUCCUCCUCACAGCCCCCCAGAGCAAGGGCGCCUCCUCCUCACAGCCCCCCAGAGCAGCAGCGCCUCCUCCUCACAGCCCCCCAGAGCAUGGGCGCCUCCUCCUCAGAGCCCCCCAGAGCAUGGCCAUCUCCUCCUCACAGCCCCCCAGAGCAACGGCGCCUCCUCCUCACAGCCCCCAGAGCAUGGGCGCCUCCUCCUCACAGCCGCCCAGAGCAUGGGCGCCUCCUCCUCACAGCCCCCCAGAGCAUGGGCGCCUCCUCCUCACAGCCCCCCAGAGCAGCGGCGCCUCCUCCUCACAGCCCCCCAGAGCAUGGGCGCCUCCUCCUCACAGCCCCCCAGAGCAGCGGCGCCUCCUCCUCACAGGCCCCCAGAGCAGCGGGGCCUCCUCCUCACAGGCCCCCAGAGCAGCGGCGCCUCCUCCUCACAGUCCCCAGAGCAGCGGCGCCUCCUCCUCACAGCCCCCCAGAGCAGCGGUGCCUCCUCCUCACAGCCCCCAGAGCAGCGGCGCCUCCUCCUCACAGCACCCCAGAGCAUGGGCGCCUCCUCCUCACAGCCCCCCAGAGCAUGGGCGCCUCCUCCUCACAGCCCCCAGAGCAGCGGCGCCUCCUCCUCACAGCCCCCCAGAGCAGCGGCGCGUCCUCCUCACAGGCCCCCAGAGCAUGGGCGCCUCCUCCUCACAGCCCCCCAGAGCAUGGGCGCCUCCUCCUCACAGCCCCCCAGAGCAGCGGCGCCUCCUCCUCACAGCCCCCCAGAGCAUGGGCGCCUCCUCCUCACAGCCCCCCAGAGCAGCGGCGCCUCCUCCUCACAGGCCCCCAGAGCAGCGGGGCCUCCUCCUCACAGGCCCCCAGAGCAGCGGCGCCUCCUCCUCACAGUCCCCAGAGCAGCGGCGCCUCCUCCUCACAGCCCCCCAGAGCAGCGGUGCCUCCUCCUCACAGCCCCCAGAGCAGCGGCGCCUCCUCCUCACAGCACCCCAGAGCAUGGGCGCCUCCUCCUCACAGCCCCCCAGAGCAUGGGCGCCUCCUCCUCACAGCCCCAAGAGCAGCGGCGCCUCCUCCUCACAGCCCCCCAGAGCAGCGGCGCCUCCUCCUCACAGGCCCCCAGAGCAUGGGCGCCUCCUCCUCACAGCCCCCCAGAGCAGCGGCGCCUCCUCCUCACAGCCCCCCAGAGCAUGGGCGCCUCCUCCUCACAGCCCCCCAGAGCAUGGGCGCCUCCUCCUCACAGCCCCCCAGAGCAGCGGCGCCUCCUCCUCACAGCCCCCCAGAGCAUGGGCGCCUCCUCCUCACUGCCCCCAGAGCAGCGGCGCCUCCUCCUCACAGCCCCCCAGAGCAGUGGCGCCUCCUCCUCACAGCCCCCCAGAGCAGUGGCGCCUCCUCCUCACAGCCCCCCAGAGCAUGGGCGCCUCCUCCUCACAGCCCCCCAGAGCAGCGGCGCCUCCUCCUCACAGCCCCCCAGAGCAGCGGUGCCUCCUCCUCACAGCCCCCCAGAGCAGCGGCGCCUCCUCCUCACAGCCCCCCAGAGCAGCGGCGCCUCCUCCUCACAGCCCCCCCAGAGCAUGGCCGCCUCCUCCUCACAGCCCCCCAGAGCAGCGGCGCCUCCUCCUCACAGCCCCCCAGAGCAGCGGCGCCUCCUUCUCACAGCCUCCCAGAGCAUGGGCGCCUCCUCCUCACAGUCCCCCAGAGCAUGGGCGCCUCCUCCUCACAGUCCCCCAGAGCAUGGGCGCCUCCUCCUCACAGCCCCCCAGAGCAUGGGAGCCUCCUCCUCACAGCCCCCCAGAGCAGCGGCGCCUCCUCCUCACAGCCCCCCAGAGCAGCGGCGCCUCCUCCUCACAGCCCCCCAGAGCAUGGGCGCCUCCUCCCCACAGCCCCCCAGAGCAUGGGCGCCUCCUCCUCACAGCCCCCCAGAGCAGCAGCGCCUCCUCCUCGCAGCCCCCCAGAGCAGCGGCGCCUCCUCCUCACAGCCCCCCAGAGCAGCGGCGCCUCCUCCUCACAGCCCCCCAGAGCAUGGGCGCCUCCUCCUCACAGCCCCCCAGAGCAUGGGCGCCUCCUCCUCACAGCCCCCCAGAGCACCAGCGCCUCCUCCUCACAGCCCCCCAGAGCAUGGGCGCCUCCUCCUCACAGCCCCCCAGAGCAGCGGAGCCUCCUCCUCACAGCCCCCCAGAGCAUGGGCGCCUCCUCCUCACAGCCCCCCAGAGCAUGGGCGCCUCCUCCUCACAGCCCCCCAGAGCAUGGCGCCUCCUCCUCACAGCCCCCCAGAGCAUGGCCGCCUCCUCCUCACAGCCCCCCAGAGCAGCGGCGCCUCCUCCUCACAGCCCCCCAGAGCAGCGGCGCCUCCUUCUCACAGCCCCCCCAGAGCAUGGGCGCCUCCUCCUCACAGUCCCCCAGAGCAUGGGCGCCUCCUCCUCACAGCCUCCCAGAGCAUGGGCGCCUCCUCCUCACAGCCCCCCAGAGCAUGGGAGCCUCCUCCUCACAGCCCCCCAGAGCAGCGGCGCCUCCUCCUCACAGCCCCCCAGAGCAGCGGCGCCUCCUCCUCACAGCCCCCCAGAGCAUGGGCGCCUCCUCCCCACAGCCCCCCAGAGCAUGGGCGCCUCCUCCUCACAGCCCCCCAGAGCAGCAGCGCCUCCUCCUCGCAGCCCCCCAGAGCAUGGGCGCCUCCUCCUCACAGCCCCCCAGAGCAGCGGCGCCUCCUCCUCACAGCCCCCCAGAGCAUGGGCGCCUCCUCCUCACAGCCCCCAAGAGCAUGGGCGCCUCCUCCUCACAGCCUCCCAGAGCACCAGCGCCUCCUCCUCACAGCCCCCCAGAGCAUGGGCGCCUCCUCCUCACAGCCCCCCAGAGCAGCGGAGCCUCCUCCUCACAGCCCCCCAGAGCAUGGGCGCCUCCUACUCACAGCCCCCCAGAGCAUGGGCGCCUCCUCCUCACAGCCCCCCAGAGCAUGGGCGCCUCCUCCUCACAGCCCCCCAGAGCAUGGGCGCCUCCUCCUCACAGCCCCCCAGAGCAUGGGCGCCUCCUCCUCACAGCCCCCCAGAGCAGCGGCGCCUCCUCCUCACAGCGCCCCAGAGCAUGGGCGCCUCCUCCUCACAGCCCCCUAGAGCAGCGGCGCCUCCUCCUCACAGCCCCCCAGAGCAUGGGCGCCUCCACCUCACAGCCCCCCAGAGCAUGGGCGCCUCCUCCUCACAGUCCCCCAGAGCAUGGGCGCCUCCUCCUCACAGCCUCCCAGAGCAGCGGCGCCUCCUCCUCAAAGCCCCCCAGAGCAUGGGCGCCUCCUCCUCACAGCCCCCCAGAGCAUGGGCGCCUCCUCCUCACAGCCGCCCAGAGCAUGGGCGCCUCUUCCUCACAGCCGCCCAGAGCAUGGGCGCCUCCUCCUCACAGCCCCCCAGAGCAUGGGCGCCUCCUCCUCACAGCCCCCAAGAGUAUGGGCGCCUCCUCCUCACAGCCCCCCAGAGCAGCGGCACCUCCUCCUCACAGCCCCCCAGAGCAUGGGCGCCUCCUCCUCACAGCCCCCCAGAGCAGCGGCGCCUCCUCCUCACAGGCCCCCAGAGCAGCGGCGCCUCCUCCUCACAGGCCCCCAGAGCAGCGGCGCCUCCUCCUCUUAGUCCCCAGAGCAGCGGCGCCUCCUCCUCACAGCCCCCCAGAGCAGCGGCGCCUCCUCCUUACAGCCCCCAGAGCAGCGGCGCCUCCUCCUCACAGCCCCCCAGAGCAGCGGCGCCUCCUCCUCACAGCCCCCCAGAGCAUGGGCGCCUCCUCCUCACAGCCCCCAGAGCAGCGGCGCCUCCUCCUCACAGCCUCCCAGAGCAGCGGCGCCUCCUCCUCACAGGCCCCCAGAGCAUGGGCGCCUCCUCCUCACAGCCCCCCAGAGCAUGGGCGCCUCCUCCUCACAGCCCCCCAGAGCAUGGGCGCCUCCUCCUCGCAGCCCCCCAGAGCAUGGGCGCCUCCUCCUCACAGCCCCCCCAGAGCAUGGCCGCCUCCUCCUCACAGCCCCCCAGAGCAGCGGCGCCUCCUCCUCACAGCCCCCCAGAGCAGCGGCGCCUCCUCCUCACAGCCCCCCAGAGCAUGGGCGCCUCCUCCUCACAGCCCCCCAGAGCAUGGGCGCCUCCUCCUCACAGCCCCCCAGAGCAUGGGCGCCUCCUUCUCACAGCCCCCCAGAGCAUGGGCGCCUCCUCCUCACAGCCCCCCAGAGCAUGGGCGCCUCCUCCUCACAGCCCCCCAGAGCAUGGGAGCCUCCUCCUCACAGCCCCCCAGAGCAGCGGCGCCUCCUCCUCACAGCCCCCCAGAGCAGCGGCGCCUCCUCCUUACAGCCCCCAGAGCAGCGGCGCCUCCUCCUCACAGCCCCCCAGAGCAGCGGCGCCUCCUCCUCACAGCCCCCCAGAGCAUGGGCGCCUCCUCCUCACAGCCCCCAGAGCAGCGGCGCCUCCUCCUCACAGCCCCCCAGAGCAGCGGCGCCUCCUCCUCACAGCCCCCCAGAGCAGCGGCGCCUCCUUCUCACAGCCCCCCCAGAGCAUGGGCGCCUCCUCCUCACAGCACCCCAGAGCAUGGGCGCCUCCUCCUCACAGCCCCCCAGAGCAUGGGAGCCUCCUCCUCACAGCCCCCCAGAGCAGCGGCGCCUCCUCCUCACAGCCCCCCAGAGCAGCGGCGCCUCCUCCUCACAGCCCCCCAGAGCAUGGGCGCCUCCUCCCCACAGCCCCCCAGAGCAUGGGCGCCUCCUCCUCACAGCCCCCCAGAGCAGCAGCGCCUCCUCCUCGCAGCCCCCCAGAGCAGCGGCGCCUCCUCCUCACAGCCCCCCAGAGCAGCGGCGCCUCCUCCUCACAGCCCCCCAGAGCAUGGGCGCCUCCUCCUCACAGCCCCCCAGAGCAUGGGCGCCUCCUCCUCACAGCCCCCCAGAGCACCAGCGCCUCCUCCUCACAGCCCCCCAGAGCAUGGGCGCCUCCUCCUCACAGCCCCCCAGAGCAGCGGAGCCUCCUCCUCACAGCCCCCCAGAGCAUGGGCGCCUCCUCCUCACAGCCCCCCAGAGCAUGGGCGCCUCCUCCUCACAGCCCCCCAGAGCAUGGGCGCCUCCUCCUCACAGCCCCCCAGAGCAUGGGCGCCUCCUCCUCACAGCCCCCCAGAGCAGCGGCGCCUCCUCCUCACAGCCCCCCAGAGCAGCGGCGCCUCCUUCUCACAGCCCCCCCAGAGCAUGGGCGCCUCCUCCUCACAGUCCCCCAGAGCAUGGGCGCCUCCUCCUCACAGCCUCCCAGAGCAUGGGCGCCUCCUCCUCACAGCCCCCCAGAGCAUGGGAGCCUCCUCCUCACAGCCCCCCAGAGCAGCGGCGCCUCCUCCUCACAGCCCCCCAGAGCAGCGGCGCCUCCUCCUCACAGCCCCCCAGAGCAUGGGCGCCUCCUCCCCACAGCCCCCCAGAGCAUGGGCGCCUCCUCCUCACAGCCCCCCAGAGCAGCAGCGCCUCCUCCUCGCAGCCCCCAGAGCAUGGGCGCCUCCUCCUCACAGCCCCCCAGAGCAGCGGCGCCUCCUCCUCACAGCCCCCCAGAGCAUGGGCGCCUCCUCCUCACAGCCCCCCAGAGCAUGGGCGCCUCCUCCUCACAGCCUCCCAGAGCAUGGCCUCCUCCUCACAGCCCCCAGAGCAUGCGCCUCCUCCUCACAGCCCCCCAGAGCAUGGGCGCCUCCUCCUCACAGCCCCCCAGAGCAGCGGAGCCUCCUCCUCACAGCCCCCCAGAGCAUGGGCGCCUCCUACUCACAGCCCCCCAGAGCAUGGGCGCCUCCUCCUCACAGCCCCCCAGAGCAUGGGCGCCUCCUCCUCACAGCCUCCCAGAGCAUGGGCGCCUCCUCCUCACAGCCCCCCAGAGCAUGGGCGCCUCCUCCUCACAGCCCCCCAGAGCAUGGGCGCCUCCUCCUCACAGCCCCCCAGAGCAGCGGCGCCUCCUCCUCACAGCGCCCCAGAGCAUGGGCGCCUCCUCCUCACAGCCCCCUAGAGCAGCGGCGCCUCCUCCUCACAGCCCCCCAGAGCAUGGGCGCCUCCACCUCACAGCCCCCCAGAGCAUGGGCGCCUCCUCCUCACAGCCCCCCAGAGCAUGGGCGCCUCCUCCUCACAGCCCCCCAGAGCAUGGGCGCCUCCUCCUCACAGCCGCCCAGAGCAUGGGCGCCUCUUCCUCACAGCCCCCCAGAGCAUGGGCGCCUCCUCCUCACAGCCCCCAAGAGUAUGGGCGCCUCCUCCUCACAGCCCCCCAGAGCAGCGGCACCUCCUCCUCACAGCCCCCCAGAGCAUGGGCGCCUCCUCCUCACAGCCCCCCAGAGCAGCAGCGCCUCCUCCUCACAGGCCCCCAGAGCAGCGGCGCCUCCUCCUCACAGGCCCCCAGAGCAGCGGCGCCUCCUCCUCUUAGUCCCCAGAGCAGCGGCGCCUCCUCCUCACAGCCCCCCAGAGCAGCGGCGCCUCCUCCUUACAGCCCCCAGAGCAGCGGCGCCUCCUCCUCACAGCCCCCCAGAGCAGCGGCGCCUCCUCCUCACAGCCCCCCAGAGCAUGGGCGCCUCCUCCUCACAGCCCCCAGAGCAGCGGCGCCUCCUCCUCACAGCCUCCCAGAGCAGCGGCGCCUCCUCCUCACAGGCCCCCAGAGCAUGGGCGCCUCCUCCUCACAGCCCCCCAGAGCAUGGGCGCCUCCUCCUCACAGCCCCCCAGAGCAUGGGCGCCUCCUCCUCACAGCCCCCCAGAGCAUGGGCGCCUCCUCCUCACAGCCCCCCCAGAGCAUGGCCGCCUCCUCCUCACAGCCCCCCAGAGCAGCGGCGCCUCCUCCUCACAGCCCCCCAGAGCAGCGGCGCCUCCUUCUCACAGCCCCCCCAGAGCAUGGGCGCCUCCUCCUCACACCCCCCAGAGCAGCGGCGCCUCCUCCUCACAGCCCCCCAGAGCAGCGGCGCCUCCUCCUCACAGCCCCCCAGAGCAUGGGCGCCUCCUCCCCACAGCCCCCCAGAGCAUGGGCGCCUCCUCCUCACAGCCCCCCAGAGCAGCAGCGCCUCCUCCUCGCAGCCCCCCAGAGCAUGGGCGCCUCCUCCUCACAGCCCCCCAGAGCAGCGGCGCCUCCUCCUCACAGCCCCCCAGAGCAUGGGCGCCUCCUCCUCACAGCCCCCCAGAGCAUGGGCGCCUCCUCCUCACAGCCCCCCAGAGCACCAGCGCCUCCUCCUCACAGCCCCCCAGAGCAUGGGCGCCUCCUCCUCACAGCCCCCCAGAGCAGCGGAGCCUCCUCCUCACAGCCCCCCACAGCAUGGGCGCCUCCUCCUCACAGCCCCCCAGAGCACCAGCGCCUCCUCCUCACAGCCCCCCAGAGCAUGGGCGCCUCCUCCUCACAGCCCCCCAGAGCAGCGGCGCCUCCUCCUUACAGCCCCCUAGAGCAUGGGCGCCUCCUCCUCACAGCCCCCCAGAGCAGCGGCGCCUCCUCCUCACAGCCCCCCAGAGCAUGGGCGCCUCCUCCUCACAGCCCCCCAGAGCAUGGGCGCCUCCUCCUCACAGCCCUCCAGAGCAUCGGCGCCUCCUCCUCACAGCCCCCCAGAGCAUGGGCGCCUCCUCCUCACAGCCCCCCAGAGCAGCGGAGCCUCCUCCUCACAGCCCCCCAGAGCAUGGGCGCCUCCUCCUCACAGCCCCCUAGAGCAUGGGCGUCUCCUCCUCACAGCCCCCAAGAGCAUGGGCGCCUCCUCCUCACAGCCCCCCAGAGCAUGGGCGCCUCCUCCUCACAGCCCCCCAGAGCAACGGAGCCUCCUCCUCACAGCCCCCAAGAGCAUGGGCGCCUCCUCCUCACAGCCCCCCAGAGCAGCGGCGCCUCCUCCUCACAGGCCCCCAGAGCAGCGGCGCCUCCUCCUCACAGGCCCCCAGAGCAGCGGCGCCUCCUCCUCUUAGUCCCCAGAGCAGCGGCGCCUCCUCCUCACAGCCCCCCAGAGCAGCGGCGCCUCCUCCUUACAGCCCCCAGAGCAGCGGCGCCUCCUCCUCACAGCCCCCCAGAGCAGCGGCGCCUCCUCCUCACAGCCCCCCAGAGCAUGGGCGCCUCCUCCUCACAGCCCCCAGAGCAGCGGCGCCUCCUCCUCACAGCCCCCCAGAGCAGCGGCGCCUCCUCCUCACAGGCCCCCAGAGCAUGGGCGCCUCCUCCUCACAGCCCCCCAGAGCAUGGGCGCCUCCUCCUCACAGCCCCCCAGAGCAUGGGCGCCUCCUCCUCACAGCCCCCCAGAGCAUGGGCGCCUCCUCCUCACAGCCCCCCCAGAGCAUGGCCGCCUCCUCCUCACAGCCCCCUAGAGCAGGGGCGCCUCCUCCUCACAGCCCCCCAGAGCAGCGGCGCCUCCUUCUCACAGCCCCCCCAGAGCAUGAGCGCCUCCUCCUCACAGUCCCCCAGAGCAUGGGCGCCUCCUCCUCACAGCCUCCCAGAGCAUGGGCGCCUCCUCCUCACAGCCCCCCAGAGCAUGGGAGCCUCCUCCUCACAGCCCCCCAGAGCAGUGGCGCCUCCUCCUCACAGCCCCCCAGAGCAGCGGCGCCUCCUCCUCACAGCCCCCCAGAGCAUGGGCGCCUCCUCCCCACAGCCCCCCAGAGCAUGGGCGCCUCCUCCUCACAGCCCCCCAGAGCACCAGCGCCUCCUCCUCACAGCCCCCCAGAGCAUGGGCGCCUCCUCCUCACAGCCCCCCAGAGCAGCGGCGCCUCCUCCUUACAGCCCCCUAGAGCAUGGGCGCCUCCUCCUCACAGCCCCCCAGAGCAGCGGCGCCUCCUCCUCACAGCCCCCCAGAGCAUGGGCGCCUCCUCCUCACAGCCCCCCAGAGCAUGGGCGCCUCCUCCUCACAGCCCUCCAGAGCAUCGGCGCCUCCUCCUCACAGCCCCCCAGAGCAUGGGCGCCUCCUCCUCACAGCCCCCCAGAGCAGCGGAGCCUCCUCCUCACAGCCCCCCAGAGCAUGGGCGCCUCCUCCUCACAGCCCCCCAGAGCAUGGGCGCCUCCUCCUCACAGCCCCCCAGAGCAUGGGCGCCUCCUCCUCACAGCCCCCAAGAGCAUGGGCGCCUCCUCCUCACAGCCCCCCAGAGCAUCGGCGCCUCCUCCUCACAGCCCCCCAGAGCAGCGGCGCCUCCUCCUCACAGCCCCCCAGAGCAUGGGCGCUGCGGAGAUAACGGCAGCAACGGGAGCUAGGCUACGGGCUAGGCACCCCCCCAGAGCAGCGGCGCCUCUCCCUCACAGCCCCCCAGAGCAGCGGCGCCUCCUCCUCACAGCCCCCCAGAGCAUGGGCGCCUCCUCCUCACAGCCCCCCAGAGCAUCGGCGCCUCCUCCUCACAGCCCCCCAGAGCAGCGGCGCCUCCUCCUCACAGCCCCCCAGAGCAGCGGCGCCUCCUCCUCACAGCCCCCCAGAGCAGCGGCGCCUCCUUCUCACAGCCCCCCAGAGCAGCGGCGCCUCCUCCUCACAGCCCCCCAGAGCAGCGGCGCCACCUCCUCACAGCCCCCCAUAGCAUGGGCGCCUCCUCCGCACAGCCCCCCAGAGCAGCGGCGCCUCCUCCUCACAGCCCCCCCAGAGCAUGGCCGCCUCCUCCUCACAGCCCCCCAGAGCAGCGGCGCCUCCUCCUCACAGCCCCCCCAGAGCAUGGGCGCCUCCUCCUCACAGCCCCCCAGAGCAUGGGCGCCUCCUCCUCAUAGCCCCCAGAGCAGCGGCGCCUCCUCCUCACAGCCCCCCAGAGCAGCUGCGCCUCCUCCUCACAGGCCCCCAGAGCAUGGGCGCCUCCUCCUCACAGCCCCCCAGAGCAUGGGCGCCUCCUCCUCACAGCCCCCCAGAGCAUGGGCGCCUCCUCCUCACAGCCCCCCAGAGCAUGGGCGCCUCCUCCUCACAGCCCCCCAGAGCAGCGGCGCCUCCUCCUCACAGCCCCCCAGAGCAUGGGCGCCACCUCUUCACAGCCCCCCAGAGCAUGGGCGCCUCCUCCUCACUGCCCCCCAGAGCAUGGGCGCCUCCUCCUCACAGCCCCCCAGAGCAUGGGCGCCUCCUCCUCACAGCCCCCCAGAGCAGCGGCGCCUCCUCCUCACAGCCCCCCAGAGCAUGGGCGCCUCCUCCUCACUGCCCCCAGAGCAGCGGCGCCUCCUCCUCACAGCCCCCCAGAGCAAGCAGCGGCGCCUCCUCCUCACAGCCCCCCAGAGCAGCGGUGCCUCCUCCUCACAGCCCCCCAGAGCAGCGGCGCCUCCUCCUCACAGCCCCCCAGAGCAGCGGCGCCUCCUCCUCACAGCCCCCCAGAGCAGCGGCGCCUCCUCCUCACAGCUCCCCAAAGCAUGGGCGCCUCCUCCUCACAGCCCCCCAGAGCAUGGGCGCCUCCUCCUCACAGCCCCCCAGAGCAUGGGCGCCUCCUCCUCACAGCCCCCCAGAGCAGCGGCGCCUCCUCCUCACAGCCCCCCAGAGCAUGGGCGCCUCCUCCUAACAGCCCCCCAGAGCAGCGGCGCCUCCUCCUCACAGCCCCCCAGAGCAACGGCGCCUCCUCCUCACAGCCCCCCAGAGCAGCGGCGCCUCCUCCUCACAGCCCCCCAGAGCAGCGGCGCCUCCUCCUCACAGCCCCCCAGAGCAUGGGCGCCUCCUCCUCACAGCCCCCCAGAGCAUGGGUGCCUCCUCCUCACAGCCCCCCAGAGCAGCGGCGCCUCCUCCUCACAGCCCCCCAGAGCAUGGGCGCCUCCUCCUCACAGCCCCCCAGAGCAUGGGCGCCUCCUCCUCACAGCCCCCCAGAGCAGCGGCGCCUCCUCCUCACAACCCCCCAGAGCAUGGGCGCCUCCUCCUCACAGCCCCCCAGAGCAGCGGCGCCUCCUCCUCACAGCCCCCCAGAGCAACGGCGCCUCCUCCUCACAGCCCCCCAGAGCAGCGGCGCCUCCUCCUCACAGCCCCCCCAGAGCAUGGGCGCCUCCUCCUCACAGCCCCCAAGAGCAGCGGCGCCUCCUCCUCACAGCCUCCCAGAGCAUGGGCGCCUCCUCCUCACAGCCCCCCAGAGCAUGGGCGCCUCCUCCUCACAGCCCCCCAGAGCAUGGGCGCCUCCUCCUCACAGCCCCCCAGAGCAUGGGCGCCUCCUCCUCACAGCCCCCCAGAGCAGCGGCGCCUCCUCCUCACAGCCCCCCAGAGCAUGGGCGCCUCCUCCUCACAGCCCCCCAGAGCAUGGGCGCCUCCUCCUCACAGCCCUCCAGAGCAGCGGCGCCUCCUCCUCACAGCCCCCCAGAGCAGCGGCGCCUCCUCCUCACAGCCCCCCAGAGCAGCGGCGCCUCCUCCUCACAGGCCCCCCCAGAGCAGCGGCGCCUCCUCCUCACAGCCCCCCAGAGCAGCGGCGCCUCCUCCUCACAGCCCCCCAGAGCAGCGGUGCCUCCUCCUCACAGCCCCCCAGAGCAGCGGCGCCUCCUCCUCACAGCCCCCCAGAGCAGCAGCGCCUCCCCCUCACAGGCCCCCAGAGCAGCGGCGCCUCCUCCUCACAGUCCCCCAGAGCAUGGGCGCCUCCUCCUCACAGCCCCCCAGAGCAGCGGCGCCUCCUCCUCACAGCCCCCCAGAGCAUGGGCGCCUCCUCCUCACAGCCCCCCAGAGCAUGGGCGCCUCCUCCUCACAGCCCCCCAGAGCAUGGGCGCCUCCUCCUCACAGCCCCCCAGAGCAGCUGCGCCUCCUCCUCACAGCCCCCCAGGGCAGCGGCGCCUCCUCCUCACAGCCCCCCCAGAGCAGCGGCGCCUCUCCCUCACAGCUCCCCAGAGCAUGGGCGCCUCCUCCUCACAGCCCCCCAGAGCAGCGGCGCCUCCUCCUCACAGCCCCCCAGAGCAGCGGCGCCUCCUCCUCACAGCCCCCCAGAGCAGCGGCGCCUCCUCCUCACAGCCCCGCAGAGCAUGGGCGCCUCCUCCUCACAGCCCCCCAGAGCAGCGGUGCCUCCUCCUCACAGCCCCCAGAGCAGCGGCGCCUCCUCCUCACAGCACCCCAGAGCAUGGGCGCCUCCUCCUCACAGCCCCCCAGAGCAUGGGCGCCUCCUCCUCACAGCCCCCAGAGCAGCGGCGCCUCCUCCUCACAGCCCCCCAGAGCAGCGGCGCGUCCUCCUCACAGGCCCCCAGAGCAUGGGCGCCUCCUCCUCACAGCCCCCCAGAGCAUGGGCGCCUCCUCCUCACAGCCCCCCAGAGCAGCGGCGCCUCCUCCUCACAGCCCCCCAGAGCAUGGGCGCCUCCUCCUCACAGCCCCCCAGAGCAGCGGCGCCUCCUCCUCACAGGCCCCCAGAGCAGCGGGGCCUCCUCCUCACAGGCCCCCAGAGCAGCGGCGCCUCCUCCUCACAGUCCCCAGAGCAGCGGCGCCUCCUCCUCACAGCCCCCCAGAGCAGCGGUGCCUCCUCCUCACAGCCCCCAGAGCAGCGGCGCCUCCUCCUCACAGCACCCCAGAGCAUGGGCGCCUCCUCCUCACAGCCCCCCAGAGCAUGGGCGCCUCCUCCUCACAGCCCCAAGAGCAGCGGCGCCUCCUCCUCACAGCCCCCCAGGGCAGCGGCGCCUCCUCCUCACAGCCCCCCAGAGCAGCGGAGCCUCCUCCUACAGCCCACCAGAGCAUGGGCGCCUCCUCCUCACAGCCCCCCAGAGCAUGGGCGCCUCCUCCUCACAGCCCCCCAGAGCAUGGGUGCCUCCUCCUCACAGCCCCCCAGAGCAGCGGCGCCUCCUCCUCACAGCCCCCCAGAGCAUGGGCGCCUCCUCCUCACAGCCCCCCAGAGCAUGGGCGCCUCCUCCUCACAGCCCCCCAGAGCAGCGGCGCCUCCUCCUCACAACCCCCCAGAGCAUGGGCGCCUCCUCCUCACAGCCCCCCAGAGCAGCGGCGCCUCCUCCUCACAGCCCCCCAGAGCAACGGCGCCUCCUCCUCACAGCCCCCCAGAGCAGCGGCGCCUCCUCCUCACAGCCCCCCCAGAGCAUGGGCGCCUCCUCCUCACAGCCCCCAAGAGCAGCGGCGCCUCCUCCUCACAGCCCCCCCAGAGCAUGGGCGCCUCCUCCUCACAGCCCCCCAGAGCAUGGGCGCCUCCUCCUCACAGCCCCCCAGAGCAUGGGCGCCUCCUCCUCACAGCCCCCCAGAGCAGCGGCGCCUCCUCCUCACAGCCCCCCAGAGCAUGGGCGCCUCCUCCUCACAGCCCCCCAGAGCAUGGGCGCCUCCUCCUCACAGCCCUCCAGAGCAGCGGCGCCUCCUCCUCACAGCCCCCCAGAGCAGCGGCGCCUCCUCCUCACAGCCCCCCAGAGCAGCGGCGCCUCCUCCUCACAGGCCCCCCCAGAGCAGCGGCGCCUCCUCCUCACAGCCCCCCAGAGCAGCGGCGCCUCCUCCUCACAGCCCCCCAGAGCAGCGGUGCCUCCUCCUCACAGCCCCCCAGAGCAGCGGCGCCUCCUCCUCACAGCCCCCCAGAGCAUGGGCGCCUCCUCCUCACAGCUCCCCAGAGCAGCAGCGCCUCCCCCUCACAGCCCCCCAGAGCAGCGGCGCCUCCUCCUCACAGUCCCCCAGAGCAUGGGCGCCUCCUCCUCACAGCCCCCCAGAGCAGCGGCGCCUCCUCCUCACAGCCCCCCAGAGCAUGGGCGCCUCCUCCUCACAGCCCCCCAGAGCAUGGGCGCCUCCUCCUCACAGCCCCCCAGAGCAUGGGCGCCUCCUCCUCACAGCCCCCCAGAGCAGCUGCGCCUCCUCCUCACAGCCCCCCAGGGCAGCGGCGCCUCCUCCUCACAGCCCCCCCAGAGCAGCGGCGCCUCUCCCUCACAGCUCCCCAGAGCAUGGGCGCCUCCUCCUCACAGCCCCCCAGAGCAGCGGCGCCUCCUCCUCACAGCCCCCCAGAGCAGCGGCGCCUCCUCCUCACAGCCCCCCAGAGCAGCGGCGCCUCCUCCUCACAGCCCCGCAGAGCAUGGGCGCCUCCUCCUCACAGCCCCCCAGAGCAGCGGUGCCUCCUCCUCACAGCCCCCCAGAGCAUGGGCGCCUCCUCCUCACUGCCCCCAGAGCAGCGGCGCCUCCUCCUCACAGCCCCCCAGAGCAGCGGCGCAUCCUCCUCACAGCACCCCAGAGCAGCGGCGCCUCCUCCUCACAGCCCCCCAGAGCAGCGGCGCCUCCUCCUCACAACCCCCCAGAGCAUGGGCGCCUCCUCCUCACAGCCCCCCAGAGCAUGGGCGCCUCCUCCUCACAGCCCCCCAGAGCAUGGGCGCCUCCUCCUCACAGCCCCCCAGAGCAGCGGAGCCUCCUCCUACAGCCCACCAGAGCAUGGGCGCCUCCUCCUCACAGCCCCCCAGAGCAGCGGCGCCUCCUCCUCACAGGCCCCCAGAGCAGCGGCGCCUCCUCCUCACAGGCCCCCAGAGCAGCGGCGCCUCCUCCUCACAGUCCCCAGAGCAGCGGCGCCUCCUCCUCACAGCCCCCCAGAGCAUGGGCGCCUCCACCUCACAGCCCCCCAGAGCAUGGGCGCCUCCUCCUCACAGCCCCCCAGAGCAUGGGCGCCUCCUCCUCACAGCCCCCCAGAGCAGCAGCGCCUCCUCCUCACAGCCCCCCAGAGCAUGGGCGCCUCCUCCUCAGAGCCCCCCAGAGCAUGGCCAUCUCCUCCUCACAGCCCCCCAGAGCAAUGGCGCCUCCUCCUCACAGCCCCCAGAGCAUGGGCGCCUCCUCCUCACAGCCGCCCAGAGCAUGGGCGUCUCCUCCUCACAGCCCCCCAGAGCAUGGGCGCCUCCUCCUCACAGCCCCCCAGAGCAGCGGCGCCUCCUCCUCACAGCCCCCCAGAGCAUGGGCGCCUCCUCCUCACAGCCCCCCAGAGCAGCGGCGCCUCCUCCUCACAGGCCCCCAGAGCAGCGGGGCCUCCUCCUCACAGGCCCCCAGAGCAGCGGCGCCUCCUCCUCACAGUCCCCAGAGCAGCGGCGCCUCCUCCUCACAGCCCCCCAGAGCAGCGGUGCCUCCUCCUCACAGCCCCCAGAGCAGCGGCGCCUCCUCCUCACAGCACCCCAGAGCAUGGGCGCCUCCUCCUCACAGCCCCCCAGAGCAUGGGCGCCUCCUCCUCACAGCCCCCAGAGCAGCGGCGCCUCCUCCUCACAGCCCCCCAGAGCAGCGGCGCGUCCUCCUCACAGGCCCCCAGAGCAUGGGCGCCUCCUCCUCACAGCCCCCCAGAGCAUGGGCGCCUCCUCCUCACAGCCCCCCAGAGCAGCGGCGCCUCCUCCUCACAGGCCCCCAGAGCAUGGGCGCCUCCUCCUCACAGCCCCCCAGAGCAUGGGCGCCUCCUCCUCACAGCCCCCCAGAGCAUGGGCGCCUCCUCCUCACAGCCCCCCAGAGCAUGGGCGCCUCCUCCUCACAGCCCCCCAGAGCAGCGGCGCCUCCUCCUCACAGCCCCCCAGAGCAUCGGCGCCUCCUCCUCACAGCCCCCCAGAGCAUGGGCGCCUCCUCCUCACAGCCCCCCAGAGCAUGGGCGCCUCCUCCUCACAGCCCCCCAGAGCAGCGGCGCCUCCUCCUCACAGCCCCCCAGAGCAUGGGCGCCUCCCCCUCACAGCCCCCCAGAGCAGCGGCGCCUCCUCCUCACAGCCCCCCAGAGCAACGGCGCCUCCUCCUCACAUCCCCCCAGAGCAGCGGCGCCUCCUCCUCACAGCCCCCCCAGAGCAUGGGCGCCUCCUCCUCACAGCCCCCAAGAGCAGCGGCGCCUCCUCCUCACAGCCCCCCCAGAGCAUGGGCGCCUCCUCCUCACAGCCCCCCAGAGGAUGGGCGCCUCCUCCUCACAGCCCCCCAGAGCAUGGGCGCCUCCUCCUCACAGCCCCCCAGAGCAUGGGCGCCUCCUCCUCACAGCCCCCCAGAGCAGCGGCGCCUCCUCCUCACAGCCCCACAGAGCAUGGGCGCCUCCUCCUCACAGCCCCUCAGAGCAGCGGCGCCUCCUCCUCACAGCCCCCCAGAGCAUGGGCGCCUCCUCCUCACAGCCCCCCAGAGCAUGGGCGCCUCCUCCUCACAGCCCCCCAGAGCAUGGGCGCCUCCUCCUCACAGCCCCCCAGAGCAGCGGCGCCUCCUCCUCACAGCCCCCCAGAGCAGCGGCGCCUCCUCCUCACAGCCCCCCCAGAGCAGCGGCGCCUCUCCCUCACAGCUCCCCAGAGCAUGGGCGCCUCCUCCUCACAGCCCCCCAGAGCAGCGGCGCCUCCUCCUCACAGCCCCCCAGAGCAGCGGCGCCUCCUCCUCACAGGCCCCCCCAGAGCAGCGGCGCCUCCUCCUCACAGCCCCCCAGAGCAGCGGCGCCUCCUCCUCACAGCCCCCCAGAGCAGCGGUGCCUCCUCCUCACAGCCCCCCAGAGCAGCGGCGCCUCCUCCUCACAGCCCCCCAGAGCAUGGGCGCCUCCUCCUCACAGCCCCCCAGAGCAGCGGCGCCUCCCCCUCACAGCCCCCCAGAGCAGCGGCGCCUCCUCCUCACAGUCCCCCAGAGCAUGGGCGCCUCCUCCUCACAGCCCCCCAGAGCAGCGGCGCCUCCUCCUCACAGCCCCCCAGAGCAUGGGCGCCUCCUCCUCACAGCCCCCCAGAGCAUGGGCGCCUCCUCCUCACAGCCCCCCAGAGCAUGGGCGCCUCCUCCUCACAGCCCCCCAGAGCAGCUGCGCCUCCUCCUCACAGCCCCCCAGGGCAGCGGCGCCUCCUCCUCACAGCCCCCCCAGAGCAGCGGCGCCUCUCCCUCACAGCUCCCCAGUGCAUGGGCGCCUCCUCCUCACAGCCCCCCAGAGCAGCGGCGCCUCCUCCUCACAGCCCCCCAGAGCAGCGGCGCCUCCUCCUCACAGCCCCCCAGAGCAGCGGCGCCUCCUCCUCACAGCCCCGCAGAGCAUGGGCGCCUCCUCCUCACAGCCCCCCAGAGCAGCGGUGCCUCCUCCUCACAGCCCCCCAGAGCAUGGGUGCCUCCUCCUCACUGCCCCCAGAGCAGCGGCGCCUCCUCCUCACAGCCCCCCAGAGCAGCGGCGCAUCCUCCUCACAGCACCCCAGAGCAGCGGCGCCUCCUCCUCACAGCCCCCCAGAGCAGCGGCGCCUCCUCCUCACAACCCCCCAGAGCAUGGGCGCCUCCUCCUCACAGCCCCCCAGAGCAUGGGCGCCUCCUCCUCACAGCCCCCCAGAGCAUGGGCGCCUCCUCCUCACAGCCCCCCAGAGCAGCGGAGCCUCCUCCUACAGCCCACCAGAGCAUGGGCGCCUCCUCCUCACAGCCCCCCAGAGCAGCGGCGCCUCCUCCUCACAGGCCCCCAGAGCAGCGGCGCCUCCUCCUCACAGGCCCUCAGAGCAGCGGCGCCUCCUCCUCACAGUCCCCAGAGCAGCGGCGCCUCCUCCUCACAGCCCCCCAGAGCAUGGGCGCCUCCACCUCACAGCCCCCCAGAGCAUGGGCGCCUCCUCCUCACAGCCCCCCAGAGCAAGGGCGCCUCCUCCUCACAGCCCCCCAGAGCAGCAGCGCCUCCUCCUCACAGCCCCCCAGAGCAGCGGCGCGUCCUCCUCACAGGCCCCCAGAGCUUGGGCGCCUCCUCCUCACAGCCCCCCAGAGCAUGGGCGCCUCCUCCUCACAGCCUCCCAGAGCAGCGGCGCCUCCUCCUCACAGCCCCCCAGAGCAUGGGCGCCUCCUCCUCACAGCCCCCCAGAGCAGCGGCGCCUCCUCCUCACAGGCCCCCAGAGCAGCGGGGCCUCCUCCUCACAGGCCCCCAGAGCAGCGGCGCCUCCUCCUCACAGUCCCCAGAGCAGCGGCGCCUCCUCCUCACAGCCCCCCAGAGCAGCGGUGCCUCCUCCUCACAGCCCCCAGAGCAGCGGCGCCUCCUCCUCACAGCACCCCAGAGCAUGGGCGCCUCCUCCUCACAGCCCCCCAGAGCAUGGGCGCCUCCUCCUCACAGCCCCAAGAGCAGCGGCGCCUCCUCCUCACAGCCCCCCAGAGCAGCGGCGCCUCCUCCUCACAGGCCCCCAGAGCAUGGGCGCCUCCUCCUCACAGCCCCCCAGAGCAUGGGCGCCUCCUCCUCACAGCCCCCCAGAGCAUGGGCGCCUCCUCCUCACAGCCCCCCAGAGCAGCGGCGCCUCCUCCUCACAGCCCCCCAGAGCAGCGGCGCCUCCUCCUCACAGCCCCCCAGAGCAUGGGCGCCUCCUCCUCACAGCCCCCCAGAGCAUGGGCGCCUCCUCCUCACUGCCCCCCAGAGCAUGGGCGCCUCCUCCUCACAGCCCCCCAGAGCAUGGGCGCCUCCUCCUCACAGCCCCCCAGAGCAGCGGCGCCUCCUCCUCACAGCCCCCCAGAGCAGCGGCGCCUCCUCCUCACUGCCCCCAGAGCAGCGGCGCCUCCUCCUCACAGCCCCCCAGAGCAGUGGCGCCUCCUCCUCACAGCCCCCCAGAGCAGUGGCGCCUCCUCCUCACAGCCCCCCAGAGCAUGGGCGCCUCCUCCUCACAGCCCCCCAGAGCAGCGGCGCCUCCUCCUCACAGCCCCCCAGAGCAGCGGUGCCUCCUCCUCACAGCCCCCCAGAGCAGCGGCGCCUCCUCCUUACAGCCCCCCAGAGCAGCGGCGCCUCCUCCUCACAGCCCCCCAGAGCAGCGGCGCCUCCUCCUCACAGCUCCCCAAAGCAUGGGCGCCUCCUCCUCACAGCCCCCCAGAGCAUGGGCGCCUCCUCCUCACAGCCCCCCAGAGCAUGGGCGCCUCCUCCUCACAGCCCCCCAGAGCAGCGGCGCCUCCUCCUCACAGCCCCCCAGAGCAUGGGCGCCUCCUCCUCACAGCCCCCCAGAGCAGCGGCGCCUCCUCCUCACAGCCCCCCAGAGCAACGGCGCCUCCUCCUCACAGCCCCCCAGAGCAGCGGCGCCUCCUCCUCACAGCCCCCCAGAGCAGCGGCGCCUCCUCCUCACAGCCCCCCAGAGCAUGGGCGCCUCCUCCUCACAGCCCCCCAGAGCAUGGGUGCCUCCUCCUCACAGCCCCCCAGAGCAGCGGCGCCUCCUCCUCACAGCCCCCCAGAGCAUGGGCGCCUCCUCCUCACAGCCCCCCAGAGCAUGGGCGCCUCCUCCUCACAGCCCCCCAGAGCAGCGGCGCCUCCUCCUCACAGCCCCCCAGAGCAUGGGCGCCUCCCCCUCACAGCCCCCCAGAGCAGUGGCGCCUCCUCCUCACAGCCCCCCAGAGCAACGGCGCCUCCUCCUCACAUCCCCCCAGAGCAGCGGCGCCUCCUCCUCACAGCCCCCCCAGAGCAUGGGCGCCUCCUCCUCACAGCCCCCCAGAGCAUGGGCGCCUCCUCCUCACAGCCCCCCAGAGCAUGGGCGCCUCCUCCUCACAGCCCCCCAGAGCAUGGGCGCCUCCUCCUCACAGCCCCCCAGAGCAGCGGCGCCUCCCCCUCACAGCCCCCCAGAGCAGCGGCGCCUCCUCCUCACAGCCCCACAGAGCAUGGGCGCCUCCUCCUCACAGCCCCUCAGAGCAGCGGCGCCUCCUCCUCACAGCCCCCCAGAGCAUGGGCGCCUCCUCCUCACAGCCCCCCAGAGCAUGGGCGCCUCCUCCUCACAGCCCCCCAGAGCAUGGGCGCCUCCUCCUCACAGCCCCCCAGAGCAGCGGCGCCUCCUCCUCACAGCCCCCCAGAGCAGCGGCGCCUCCUCCUCACAGCCCCCCCAGAGCAGCGGCGCCUCUCCCUCACAGCUCCCCAGAGCAUGGGCGCCUCCUCCUCACAGCCCUCCAGAGCAGCGGCGCCUCCUCCUCACAGCCCCCCAGAGCAGCGGCGCCUCCUCCUCACAGGCCCCCCCAGAGCAGCGGCGCCUCCUCCUCACAGCCCCCCAGAGCAGCGGCGCCUCCUCCUCACAGCCCCCCAGAGCAGCGGUGCCUCCUCCUCACAGCCCCCCAGAGCAGCGGCGCCUCCUCCUCACAGCCCCCCAGAGCAUGGGCGCCUCCUCCUCACAGCCCCCCAGAGCAGCGGCGCCUCCCCCUCACAGCCCCCCAGAGCAGCGGCGCCUCCUCCUCACAGUCCCCCAGAGCAUGGGCGCCUCCUCCUCACAGCCCCCCAGAGCAGCGGCGCCUCCUCCUCACAGCCCCCCAGAGCAUGGGCGCCUCCUCCUCACAGCCCCCCAGAGCAUGGGCGCCUCCUCCUCACAGCCCCCCAGAGCAUGGGCGCCUCCUCCUCACAGCCCCCCAGAGCAGCUGCGCCUCCUCCUCACAGCCCCCCAGGGCAGCGGCGCCUCCUCCUCACAGCCCCCCCAGAGCAGCGGCGCCUCUCCCUCACAGCUCCCCAGUGCAUGGGCGCCUCCUCCUCACAGCCCCCCAGAGCAGCGGCGCCUCCUCCUCACAGCCCCCCAGAGCAGCGGCGCCUCCUCCUCACAGCCCCCCAGAGCAGCGGCGCCUCCUCCUCACAGCCCCGCAGAGCAUGGGCGCCUCCUCCUCACAGCCCCCCAGAGCAGCGGUGCCUCCUCCUCACAGCCCCCCAGAGCAUGGGUGCCUCCUCCUCACUGCCCCCAGAGCAGCGGCGCCUCCUCCUCACAGCCCCCCAGAGCAGCGGCGCAUCCUCCUCACAGCACCCCAGAGCAGCGGCGCCUCCUCCUCACAGCCCCCCAGAGCAGCGGCGCCUCCUCCUCACAACCCCCCAGAGCAUGGGCGCCUCCUCCUCACAGCCCCCCAGAGCAUGGGCGCCUCCUCCUCACAGCCCCCCAGAGCAUGGGCGCCUCCUCCUCACAGCCCCCCAGAGCAGCGGAGCCUCCUCCUACAGCCCACCAGAGCAUGGGCGCCUCCUCCUCACAGCCCCCCAGAGCAGCGGCGCCUCCUCCUCACAGGCCCCCAGAGCAGCGGCGCCUCCUCCUCACAGGCCCUCAGAGCAGCGGCGCCUCCUCCUCACAGUCCCCAGAGCAGCGGCGCCUCCUCCUCACAGCCCCCCAGAGCAUGGGCGCCUCCACCUCACAGCCCCCCAGAGCAUGGGCGCCUCCUCCUCACAGCCCCCCAGAGCAAGGGCGCCUCCUCCUCACAGCCCCCCAGAGCAGCAGCGCCUCCUCCUCACAGCCCCCCAGAGCAUGGGCGCCUCCUCCUCAGAGCCCCCCAGAGCAUGGCCAUCUCCUCCUCACAGCCCCCCAGAGCAACGGCGCCUCCUCCUCACAGCCCCCAGAGCAUGGGCGCCUCCUCCUCACAGCCGCCCAGAGCAUGGGCGCCUCCUCCUCACAGCCCCCCAGAGCAUGGGCGCCUCCUCCUCACAGCCCCCCAGAGCAGCGGCGCCUCCUCCUCACAGCCCCCCAGAGCAUGGGCGCCUCCUCCUCACAGCCCCCCAGAGCAGCGGCGCCUCCUCCUCACAGGCCCCCAGAGCAGCGGGGCCUCCUCCUCACAGGCCCCCAGAGCAGCGGCGCCUCCUCCUCACAGUCCCCAGAGCAGCGGCGCCUCCUCCUCACAGCCCCCCAGAGCAGCGGUGCCUCCUCCUCACAGCCCCCAGAGCAGCGGCGCCUCCUCCUCACAGCACCCCAGAGCAUGGGCGCCUCCUCCUCACAGCCCCCCAGAGCAUGGGCGCCUCCUCCUCACAGCCCCCAGAGCAGCGGCGCCUCCUCCUCACAGCCCCCCAGAGCAGCGGCGCGUCCUCCUCACAGGCCCCCAGAGCAUGGGCGCCUCCUCCUCACAGCCCCCCAGAGCAUGGGCGCCUCCUCCUCACAGCCCCCCAGAGCAGCGGCGCCUCCUCCUCACAGCCCCCCAGAGCAUGGGCGCCUCCUCCUCACAGCCCCCCAGAGCAGCGGCGCCUCCUCCUCACAGGCCCCCAGAGCAGCGGGGCCUCCUCCUCACAGGCCCCCAGAGCAGCGGCGCCUCCUCCUCACAGUCCCCAGAGCAGCGGCGCCUCCUCCUCACAGCCCCCCAGAGCAGCGGUGCCUCCUCCUCACAGCCCCCAGAGCAGCGGCGCCUCCUCCUCACAGCACCCCAGAGCAUGGGCGCCUCCUCCUCACAGCCCCCCAGAGCAUGGGCGCCUCCUCCUCACAGCCCCAAGAGCAGCGGCGCCUCCUCCUCACAGCCCCCCAGAGCAGCGGCGCCUCCUCCUCACAGGCCCCCAGAGCAUGGGCGCCUCCUCCUCACAGCCCCCCAGAGCAGCGGCGCCUCCUCCUCACAGCCCCCCAGAGCAUGGGCGCCUCCUCCUCACAGCCCCCCAGAGCAUGGGCGCCUCCUCCUCACAGCCCCCCAGAGCAGCGGCGCCUCCUCCUCACAGCCCCCCAGAGCAUGGGCGCCUCCUCCUCACUGCCCCCAGAGCAGCGGCGCCUCCUCCUCACAGCCCCCCAGAGCAGUGGCGCCUCCUCCUCACAGCCCCCCAGAGCAGUGGCGCCUCCUCCUCACAGCCCCCCAGAGCAUGGGCGCCUCCUCCUCACAGCCCCCCAGAGCAGCGGCGCCUCCUCCUCACAGCCCCCCAGAGCAGCGGUGCCUCCUCCUCACAGCCCCCCAGAGCAGCGGCGCCUCCUCCUCACAGCCCCCCAGAGCAGCGGCGCCUCCUCCUCACAGCCCCCCAGAGCAGCGGCGCCUCCUCCUCACAGCUCCCCAAAGCAUGGGCGCCUCCUCCUCACAGCCCCCCAGAGCAUGGGCGCCUCCUCCUCACAGCCCCCCAGAGCAGCGGCGCCUCCUCCUCACAGCCCCCCAGAGCAUGGGCGCCUCCUCCUCACAGCCCCCCAGAGCAUGGGCGCCUCCUCCUCACAGCCCCCCAGAGCAUGGGCGCCUCCUCCUCACAGCCCCCCAGAGCAUGGGCGCCUCCUCCUCACAGCCCCCCAGAGCAUGGGCGCCUCCUCCUCACAGCCCCCCAGAGCAUGGGCGCCUCCUCCUCACAGCCCCCCAGAGCAGCGGCGCCUCCCCCUCACAGCCCCCCAGAGCAGCGGCGCCUCCUCCUCACAGCCCCCCAGAGCAUGGGCGCCUCCUCCUCACAGCCCCCCAGAGCAGCGGCGCCUCCUCCUCACAGCCCCCCAGAGCAUGGGCGCCUCCUCCUCACAGCCCCCCAGAGCAUGGGCGCCUCCUCCUCACAGCCCCCCAGAGCAGCGGCGCCUCCUCCUCACAGCCCCCCAGAGCAGCGGCGCCUCCUCCUCACAGCCCCCCCAGAGCAGCGGCGCCUCUCCCUCACAGCUCCCCAGAGCAUGGGCGCCUCCUCCUCACAGCCCCCCAGAGCAGCGGCGCCUCCUCCUCACAGCCCCCCAGAGCAGCGGCGCCUCCUCCUCACAGCCCCCCAGAGCAGCGGCGCCUCCUCCUCACAGCCCCCCAGAGCAGCGGUGCCUCCUCCUCACAGCCCCCCAGAGCAUGGGCGCCUCCUCCUCACUGCCCCCAGAGCAGCGGCGCCUCCUCCUCACAGCCCCCCAGAGCAGCGGCGCAUCCUCCUCACAGCACCCCAGAGCAGCGGCGCCUCCUCCUCACAGCCCCCCAGAGCAGCGGCGCCUCCUCCUCACAACCCCCCAGAGCAUGGGCGCCUCCUCCUCACUGCCCCCCAGAGCAGCGGCGCCUCCUCCUCACAGCACCCCAGAGCAGCGGCGCCUCCUCCUCACUGCCCCCAGAGCAGCGGCGCCUCCUCCUCACUGCCCCCAGAGCAGCGGCGCCUCCUCCUCACAGCCCCCCAGAGCAGCGGCGCCUCUCCUCAUCUCCAUGCCAAGUGCCCAAGAUGAGUGUGCUUGA